AUGGAAGGACGCAACACCGUGAGUGCCUACUACGAAGCGGCCGCCGAGGCAAGGACUGGGUCGGGCGACGUGCCGCAGCAGGGCGGGUCACGGCGAGAGUUCGAGGCGAGUCUGGCGUCAUCUAGCCUUGACGAUUUGAUGGGCAGCCUCGCUCACAUUCGAGAAGCGAGCAACACCUACUUUGGCGAGCUACUGGCGGCUGAAAAGGAGCGUAUGCGCGAGCAGGCCAAGAAGCCCAAGGCCUAG